AUGGAUCAACAGUUCCGGCAAGUGGAGCAGUUACAGCAGCCUCAGCAACAACAGCAACAACAACCACAAGAGCCGCAGUUAGACCAGCAGCAACAACAAACAACAACAGUGAAGCCAAUCUCGGCACCACUUACGAUAGCCGAUUUCAUUGAUGAUGAGCACCACCUCGAGAUCCCAACCAUUCAGAGCAACAGAAAAAGCAAUACCUUGCCAUGUUGGGGUAAUCAGCAGACGAUGAAUCUCAAUGGUCUUGUAUUGGAGAACGUCAAGGAGAGUUACUACUACAAAAAUCACCUUGUGGAGAUCGACACGGCUCAACAACUUCUUGACGAGGUUUUCUACAAGGUGAAACAUCUGGAGCCAUGGGAAAAAGGAACCCGCAAAGUACAGGGAAUGACUGGCAUGUGUGGCGGUGUGCGAGGAGUCGGUGCUGGAGGAGUGGUCAGUUCGGCGUUCUGUCUCCUUUAUAGGUUUUUCAAAGUUCGCCUUACCAGGAAACAGUUAAUAUCCAUGAUCAACAGCCGGGUUUCUCCUUAUAUUCGCGGGUUAGGAUUUAUGUAUAUUCGUUACACUCAGCCACCAGCAGAUUUAUGGGAGUGGUUUGAGCCAUAUUUGGAUGACGAGGAAGAAAUUGAUCCGAGGUCAGGAGGUGGUGACGUUAUGACAUUCGGACAAGUUGUUCGCAUAAUGCUUACCAAGCUGGACUGGUACGGCACAUUGUUUCCUCGCAUUCCAGUACCUAUUCAGAAAGAGAUCGAUGAAAAGUUUGCAGAACGAAAACGUGCUAUGCUAUUCGGUGACGGACGGUUAGAUACACGCAGCCGAGAUCGAGAAGAUGACCGAUCAAUACGGCGUCGAUCUCGCUCUCGCGAUCGAAAACGUCCAUGUAGUUCUGAGCGCAAGUAUGAGAAAAAAUGUCCUAGACCCACUCGAUGUGGACAUCACUUGCGCCAUCAUCACUGCACAAAGCAUCGUAAGCGUUGUCCGGACAGAAAAAAACGAGCAAACGAAGCAAAUGAACACGAGGUACAGAAGGGUAACGAUGCAGAAUACGACAGGAAUAAGGAAAGUGAAGGAUAA